UCAUACUUGAAGACUGUUAAUAAAUCACUCUCUAGCUAAGAACAAGUCAAUGCUAAAGCACUUAGCUUAUCUGACCUUCACAUUAAUUAUUUUUAUGACAGCAGCAGGAACUUUCAGCUGCUUUUCCCCCUUCCUUAUGAAGCCAUGUGGCCCCAAGCAGACACAGUUCCCUUACUACGCUUAAGGGUGGGCUUCUUAGACCUGUGCAUAUCUUAAAAGCUUUCCCUUGAAUGUGUCAAUCCAAACUCCAAGUUUCCUCAGCAGAUUUAAGGGGCUUUAAAUCUACUUGAGCAUGAGUGUUAUGAGAUGACUUUGAAAUUCUUACAAAAACUGAAAGUGAAAUGAGGAAGACAGAUUGAGCAAUCCAAUCGGAGGGUAAAUGCCAGCAAACCUACUGUACAGUAGGGGUAGAGAUGCAGAAAGGCAGAAAGAAGAAAAUUCAGGAGAACUCUCCUGAGCGGUGAGCCAAGCCCUGCCAUGUAGUGCACGCAGGACAUCAACAAACACAGAUAACAGGAAAUGAUCCAUUCCCUGUGGUCACUUAUUCUAAAGGCCCCAACCUUCAAAGUUCAAGUAGUGAUAUGGAUGACUCCACAGAAAGGGAGCAGUCACGCCUUACUUCUUGCCUUAAGAAAAGAGAAGAAAUGAAACUGAAGGAGUGUGUUUCCAUCCUCCCACAGAAGGAAAGCCCCUCUGUCCGAUCCUCCAAAGACGGAAAGCUGCUGGCUGCAACCUUGCUGCUGGCACUGCUGUCUUGCUGCCUCACCGUGGUGUCUUUCUACCAGGUGGCCGCCCUGCAAGGGGACCUGGCCAGCCUCCGGGCAGAGCUGCAGGGCCACCACGCGGAGAAGCUGCCAGCAGGAGCAGGAGCCCCCAAGGCCGGCCUGGAGGAAGCUCCAGCUCUCACCGCGGGACUGAAAAUCUUUGAACCACCAGCUCCAGGAGAAGGCAACUCCAGUCAGAGCAGCAGAAAUAAGCGUGCCAUUCAGGGUCCAGAAGAAACAGUCACUCAAGACUGCUUGCAACUGAUUGCAGACAGUGAAACACCAACUAUACAAAAAGGAUCUUACACAUUUGUUCCAUGGCUUCUCAGCUUUAAAAGGGGAAGUGCCCUAGAAGAAAAAGAUAACAAAAUAUUGGUCAAAGAAACUGGUUACUUUUUUAUAUAUGGUCAGGUUUUAUACACUGAUAAGACCUAUGCCAUGGGACAUCUAAUUCAGAGGAAAAAGGUCCAUGUUUUUGGGGAUGAAUUGAGUCUGGUGACUUUGUUUCGAUGUAUUCAAAAUAUGCCUGAAACACUACCCAAUAAUUCCUGCUAUUCAGCUGGCAUUGCAAAACUGGAAGAAGGAGAUGAACUCCAACUUGCAAUACCAAGAGAAAAUGCACAAAUAUCACUGGAUGGAGAUGUCACAUUUUUUGGUGCAUUGAAACUGCUGUGACCUACUUACACCAUGUCUGUAGCUAUUUUCCUCCCUUUCUCUGUACCUCUAAGAAGAAAGAAUCUAAC